UGCGAUGGUGUGAGUCGUCAAGUAAGUCGCACAUCAAACUCAACCAUUCGGAUUACAGUGCGCGGACACGGACAACUACGGAUGCACAUUUUAACACGCUAUGAUUAAAUCAUUUUAAACAUUAUUUGGGAAAGUCACAUUUAAUCAGGACCUUGUUUGGAGUAAGACGUUUUUCAUUCAUCAUCUGAGGAGUUUACGAUGUCUGGGUCUUUCUGUCGAAGUUUGUAUGCUUUCAACGGAGAGCAACAUGAGCAGGGGUUGAAGUUCGAGGCUGGUGAACUGAUCAAAAUAACACAAGCAUUGGACGGUGGAUGGUGGGAAGGUGAGAAAGACGGCGUCAGAGGAUGGUUUCCAUCAACAUACGUUCAAGUAGAGAAAAUAGUCUCCAUGUUUCCUCUUGAUGAGCCGCUGCCCAAAGACUGGAAAUGCUACAUGUCUCCACAGGGGCGAAGAUACUACGUCAACACCGUCAGCAAUGAAACAACAUGGGAGAGGCCAUCCAGCGUUCCUGGAACCCCCAAAACUCCAAUAAAACAUAAGAACUCUGGACCUACAGUGAAUGGAUUUCAUGGUAAUGGUAGCCCAUUGCAUCAGUCUGAGCAGUCACAUGUGCUCAUGCGAAAGUCAAGCACAGAACAACAGAGUCCUGUAUCUCCAACACCCACCAGAAAGCUGGAGCGGGAAUCCACACUAACUAUAAACACUGUGACGUUCCCUCUUCCCCUGCACAUGUCUGAACAGCAGCUGCUCAAACCAGAGGAGUGGAGCUACUGUGAUUAUUUUUGGGCAGACAAAAAGGACCCACAGGGAAACGCCACCAUCUCAGGAUUUGAGGUCUUACUGCAGAAACAACUGAAGGGAAAGCAGAUGCAGAGAGAGAUGGCGGAGUUUGUGCGGGAGAGAAUCAAGAUUGAGGAGGAGUAUGCCAAAAAUCUGUCGAAGCUCUCUCAGUUCCCACUCGCAGCACAAGAGGAGGGCACGCUUGGAGAAGCUUGGGCUCAGCUGAAGAAAAGCCUGGCAGAUGAGGCAGAAGUUCAUCUCAAGUUCUCUUCUAAGCUUCAGAGUGAGGUGGAAAAGCCUCUCUUGACAUUGCGGGAAAACUUUAAGAAAGACAUGAAGAAGUUUGACCACCACAUGGCUGAUCUCAGGAAGCAGCUGGCUAGUCGAUAUUCUGCUGUUGAGAAGGCACGUAAGGCGCUCUCAGAUCGGCAGAAGGAUCUAGAGUUGAAAACCCAACAGCUUGAGAUCAAAUUGAGCUCCAAAAUCGAGGAGGACAUAAAGAAAGCACGCAGGAAAUCCACACAAGCAGGGGAUGACCUGAUGCGAUGUGUUGACCUCUAUAAUCAGUCCCAGUCCAAAUGGUUUGAAGAAAUGGUCACAACAAGUCUGGAACUUGAGAGACUGGAGGUGGAGCGUGUGGAGAUGAUCAGGCAACACUUGUGUCAGUACACAACGCUACGGCAUGAGACAGACAUGUUCAACCAAGGCACUUUAGAGCCCAUUGACAAACUGCUUCAGAUUGUGGACCCUGCCAGGGAUCGAGAGCUGUGGGUGAAGGAACACAAGACAGGGGAGGUGAGACCAGUGGACAUGAAGAUCUAAAAC